AUGACGUUCGGGCAGCAGAACACGGAGAAGGAGGGGCACGCGCUGCUGGACUAUGCGGUGUCGCGCGGAGUCAACUUCGUGGACGUCGCCGAGGUCUACCCCGUGCCCAUGCGCAGGUGCGUCCAUCAGCGCGCUCAUGUGUGUUUCCUCCCUCACCAUCCCCCCCUGCCUCGGUUCUCCUCCUAUCUCCCUGCUGCCCCGCCUUCCCGCUCCCUCUCGCCCCCCUCACGAUCUUGGUCCACCAGUGAGACAGCAGGGCGCACGGAGGAGAUCCUGGGCACGUGGCUCAAGAACAAGGACCGCUCCUCCAUUAUCGUCGCCACCAAGGUGGCAGGGUACAAUCCAGCGAGCUACACCCCGGGCAACAGGGAGCAGCCGCGCAGCAACGAGCUGGCGGACUGCCGGCUGGACAGGGAGAGCAUCCGCAAGGCGUGUGCCGCCAGCCUCCGGCGCCUGCAGACGGACUACAUCGACCUCUACCAGAUCCACUGGCCGGACCGCUAUGUGCCCAAGUUUGGAGUGACACAGUACAAACCGGAGAAGGAGUAUCCGUCCAUCCCCAUAGAGGAGACCGUUGCAGCCAUGGGGGAGCUUAUCAAGGAGGGCAAGAUCCGGCACUACGGCCUCAGCAACGAGACCACGUUCGGCGUGUGCGAGUAUGUGCACGCGGCGCGGCGCCUGGGGGUGCCUCCGCCCGUGUCGAUCCAGAACAGCUUCUCCCUGGUGCACCGCUCCUUUGAGACGGAGCUGGCAGAGGCGUGCGCGCCCAGCCACUACAACAUCGGGCUGCUGCCCUGGAGCCCCAUGGGCGGCGGAGCGCUAUCGGGCAAGUACAACGGAGGCAAGAAGCCGCCUGGUGCGCGCUUCACCCUCUUCCAGGGCUACCAGGAGCGCUUCACCACCGGGGCCAUGGCUGAGGCCUCCCAGGUCUACACCGACUUUGCUGAGAGUGUUGGCAUCCCCCCGGCGCAGCUGGCGCUGGCGUGGUGCAAGUCGCGGUGGUAUGUGACGUCCACCAUCUUUGGCGCCACCACCAUGGAGCAGCUCAAGGAGAACCUCGAUGCAUUUGAGAUGGAUCUCUCUCCUGAGGUGCUGGAGGGCAUUGAUAAGAUCCACCUGCAGAAGAAGGACCCGGCCAUGCUCCUCUAA